CGGCCGGCGGCGCGCGGAGCAGCGGCUCGGGCAGCGCAGGGCUCGCGCGCAGGGGCGCGGGGGCGCGGGGGCGCGGCGCCCGGCCCGGGUGAGGCUCCGGGGCAGGAGUGCCCGAGUCUGUGUCUGGCUGUUGCCCCACACAUACAUCCCGUUCUUAAGACGCCUCUCCUUUUCCAGGACACUCCUGCCCCGUUUCCAGGUUCCCUCCGCCUUAGGUCUCCAGGUGCGUCCAACUAUCUUGGGAUCUGCUGAUCUGCGCCCGUGCCUCUCAGAGCCUUCUCCCCGUGUCACUGGGUGCCCCUUACUAGCCUUGGGAGCCUACGGAGCACGUCAGCCCCUGCGGACUCUCCCAGCGAAGACACGGCUGGCUGCGGACUGGAACUUGGAAGAGGACACGUCGAGGAGCCUCUGUUGAGCCUCGGGAGAGUGGUGUCCGCCUCCCCGCCGCGCCAGUUCGGGCAGGGACGCCAGCUUUGGGGGCAACUUAACUCCAGGGAAAACAAAGGGUUAUACAACAAAGGAAAUGUGCUCCUAGCGCACUGUGUGCUUCAGCUCUUCUACAAAUGAUCCGCACUCGUCCUCGAGUUCCAGUAAUAGGAUCAGAUGUCAGUUCCAUAUUGUAUGGGUAAACUGAGUUACAGACAGAUUAAUCGUUUGGUCCAGGAUCACAGGCUAGGCAGCGGCUGAGCCUGGUGAGGGAGUCAAAUCACCCACCAAGCUGUUGAGCUAAACAACCCAAACUUGUCUGCCUGAAAGGAAUUCUGAAACAAAAGGCCCCCAGCCGGAGGCAUGUGGCUGCCGCGCAUCUCCAGCACGGCGGUGACCGUGCUCCUGCUGGCGCAGACUGGCAUCCUGCUUUUCCUGGUCUCCUGGCCCAGGCCGCCGUCCCCAGCGGUCGGCAAAGAGCGGGUGCACGUGCUGGUGCUGUCCUCGUGGCGCUCGGGCUCGUCCUUCGUGGGCCAGCUCUUCAGCCAGCACCCCGACGUCUUCUACCUGAUGGAGCCCGGGUGGCACGUGUGGACCACCCUGUCGCAGGGGAGCGCGCCGGCGCUGCACAUGGCCGUGCGCGACGUGGUGCGCUCCGUCUUCCUGUGCGACCUGGACGUGUUCGACGCCUACCUGCCCUGGCGCCGCAACCUGUCGGACCUCUUCCAGUACGCGGUGAGCCGCGCGCUGUGCUCGCCGCCCGCCUGCAGCGCCUUCCCGCGCGGCGCCAUCAGCAGCGAAGCGGUGUGCAAGCCGCUGUGCGCGCGGCAGCCCUUUAGCCUGGCCCAGGAGGCCUGCCGCGCCUACAGCCACGUGGUGCUCAAGGAGGUGCGCUUCUUCAACCUGCAGGUGCUCUACCAGCUGCUCAACGACCCCGCGCUCAACCUGCACAUCGUGCACCUGGUGCGCGACCCGCGGGCCGUGCUGCGCUCGCGCGAGCAGACGGCCAAAGCGCUGGCGCGCGACAACGGGAUCGUACUGGGCACCAAUGGCACGUGGGUGGAGGCGGACCCCGGCCUGCGCGUGGUGCGCGAGGUGUGCCGCAGCCACGUGCGCAUCGCCGAGGCUGCCACGCAGAAGCCGCCGCCCUUCCUGCAAGGCCGGUACCGCCUGGUGCGUUUCGAGGAUCUGGCGCGGGCGCCGCUGCCCGAGAUCCGCGCGCUCUACGCCUUCGCGGGCCUGCGCCUCACGCCGCAGCUCGAGGCCUGGAUCCACAACAUCACGCACGGGGCGGGGCCCGGCGCGCGCCGCGAGGCCUUCAAGACCUCGUCCAGGGACGCGGUCAAUGUCUCCCAGGCCUGGCGCCACGCACUGCCCUUCGCCAAGAUCCGCCGCGUGCAGGAGCUGUGUGCUGGCGCGCUGCAGCUGCUGGGCUACCGGCCCGUCGCCUCCGAGAGCGAGCAGCGCGACCUCGCCCUGGACCUGGUGCUGCCGCGCGGCCCUAGCAGCUUCAGCUGGGCGUCAUCCACUGCAGCACACCCCUAACCUUAGCGGAGGCCCCCAGUUGUGGCGCUGGGGAGGGAGCCAGGCACACGGUGCGCAGGAGCUUGGGAGUCCUCCUCUGUAGUAUGAAUGGACUGAGUCCCCAAAGCUCCAUGUUUCUUCUUGCUUCUGAAUUUUCUUUUGAGUCCUCCUUAGCAGCUGGGUUCCCAUCAGGCGCACACUUCAUCGAAAGCAAAGCUGUGUCCACACUUCCUCUGGGCACAGGGAGUAAUUUCAGACCACUUGGUUGCUUGCUCCUCGAGCCCUUUCUUCCUCGGUCUCUUUUCCUUUUGGUUGCAUUGUCCAGCAGCUGAGGAGGGGGUCCCAGCCC